UAUAGUAUCUGAUGAUUCUGAUAAUGAUCAUGAAAUUAGUGAGCCUGAGGCAGACACAGAGCAGAGAUUUGAUAAAGUAGAACAAGAAAUUCCUAUUAUCUCUCUACUAAGAUCAUCUAUGGAAACUUGUAAAAUUACAUCUUUAAUUUACGCAAAUGAGAGACGACGAAUAAAGACGUUUAAGCAAUCAUAUUUACGAACAACUAUUCUAAACAAUAGGAUAUUUGCCAUUAUUUCUACUAUAUUAUUAUCUUGUCUUAUUGGUCAAGUGAAAAGUCUUCAAUGUGUGCAAUGUUCCACCGAUACAGACCCCCACUGUAAAUGUAAUCCACCACCGCCAAGAGAAUGUAUUACCGCAAUGUACGAUCAUUGCAUAACUGUCAAAGAAAAAGAUAACCAAGGUAAAGUGACAGUUUUUACAAGAAGCUGCAGCCCAGAAGAUUUAAAAGAUGAGUGCAUUACAGGUCGAACUCCCGAAGGAAAAUUUAAAAAAAUAUGUUACACAACCUGCACAUCAGAUGGAUGCAAUAAAGAGGAACUUAUUAAUGAUUGCGAACCCGGAUCACGAACAGAAGAAGAAAUAGCUAAACUUAAGGGCCUCAAAGAAAAGGUUAUAGAGGAGGCGGAAAAAAAGAAAGAAACAAUUGAUGAAAAUGUCAAAAAAAUAGAUGAAAAAAUUGAAAGCGAAAUUGGAAAAAUUAAAGCAAAAUCAGGAGCUUUCUCAUCAAUCAAAUUCUGUAUAUCAGGAACAUUAUUAAUGGCAUUCAACGUGUUUUUUGUAAUCUUGUUAAAUUUAUAAAUAUUAUAUAGAGUAAACAUGAUGUAGAUAAUUUAAUUUAUGUAGAAAACUUUACUUGACGAAUCUCAGGGAAUCUCUAACAAGAUUCUAUAUUUUUUAGGAAUUUUUUUAAAAGAUCAAUACUAAAAUAUGUAUUAAAAACCUAUAUAUCAAAAAUGUAUAUAUAAAAUACUUUAUAACAAUUUUAU